CGGGAUACAUGCAGCUUGAGACAGGCAAGGCCGCAUCCAGCCAAGCUGGAAUUGCUUAAUUUGGAUGAAUGGGAUGAAAGCGAGACAUACGAUGACAAUCCGCCAACCUGUCUCCACUACUCAAUCGAAUGGAAAGUCACUCUAAACAACAAGCUCAUUUCCAAGGAUACAGAGCCGGACCUUGUGCUAGCGCCUAGAUUUUAC